AUGGCGCCUAUGGUGCUGCUCAACGCGCUGGUCACGCGGCUGCUCUUCGGGCUUCACUCGCUGGUGGGCGUCUGGCGGGUGACCGAGGUGAAGAGGGAUCCCCGCUUCUGGCUGCUAGCGCUGCUGCACUUCCCGCUCCUCCUGGAGACUGCGCUGACGCUCAAAAGGCGCCGCGGCCGAGGCUACCCUGGGUUUUCGCCCGCCAUAUUUUUAUAUCUGAUUAGCAUCGUGCCUUCGUUAUGGCUCCUGGAAAUGCAUCAUGAGACUCAGGUACAGCAUGCCCUAAAGUUUGUUCGAAGGGGUCAAAAUAAUCCUGCACUUGUUUAUGCAAUUCUUACCAUUUGGACCUGGAGCAUGCUACAGUUUCCACUUGACCUCGCAGUACAGCAUUUUGUCUGCCCCUCAUCCGUGACAUCUAAGGGCUUCACCAGUUUGUUCCUCUGCCAGUAUAGCGCUGACUUGUGGAACAUUGGAAUCAGCCUCUUCAUCCAGGAUGGGCCUUUCCUCAUCGUCCGUCUCCUCCUCAUGACCUACUUCAAAGUGAUCAACCAGAUGUUGGUAUUCUUCGCUGGGAAGAACUUCCUCGUUGUCGCGUUGCAGCUUUACCGCUUAAUUGUGCUCGUUUUGGACGUUCAGGCUUCCUUGAGGGAGAAGCCUUGUAGAUUGAAAGGAGACGACAACUUUCCAAGUCAGCCUAAGGAAAGUGGGCUCUCACCCAGGAUUGGAGAGAGUGAGACCACAGAGGAAACAGCUAUUCCUUUAGAGGACUCUCCAGGGGCAGCCAAGGGUUGCUGA